CCUUGGGGAGAUUCUAUACCUUAAAAAGCUAAACCUUUCAUCAAUAAAAUGGAUCUCUGGCUCUUCUCUCUGAAGAAUCACAACACAAAAGAGAUAAAAUUUUCACCAAACAAGCUAUGGAGAACCAAUCACCUGCUUCUUCAACAAACUCCUCCUCCCCACCCAAACAUGAUCAGAAACUCAAAAGUGUCGUUGUGUCCGAGGAGCAGGAGGUGACGAUGAAACCAAAGUCUCCUCAAGAGGUUAUGUCUGAACGGACUAUCCUUGAGAAGCCUCGUUUCAUUUUAGAGACAGUGCGAGCAACAAGCGAUGACGAAAACUACCUCUGUGAUGUCUGCGAGAGGGAGUUCCCAAGCCGGAGGUCACUUUCCGCUCACCAGAAAUUCCACAGAAAGGAGCAAGAAUUGAAGAGGCAGCGGCUUUUGUUCGGGUCAAACCUUUCUGAUGAUGCUUAUCUUGGUCCUUCCGACAGCAAUGAAGGGUUGUCAUUUUCGCGUUUUAGGUGUGGAGGAGGCGAUAGCAGCAGCAGCAUCAGGCCUCACCUGUUCUCCACUGGCGAAGGAGUCAAACAAAUGGAGACGACCAUGUUUCCUCCUCAUGCUCUAGACCGCUCCCUCACCGGGAACCCUAGCUAUAGCCCUUCACAAGCUUUUUCCAAUGAUGAGGAUCAUAUUAAUCUUGAUCUCACUCUUGGUCCUUCUAAGCCCACAGGAGGCAGCAGCAAUAGCAUUAAAAACAACACUAACUCAUACUUGGAUAUGGAAGCCACUAGGAGAACAACGAAUUUGUUCGGUCCCGUGUGUCCUCGUGUGCCUCCAUUCAAUUUUGUUGCUGGAAACCCAUAUGAUUCAUUCCCAGGAAGAUAUGUUCCUCUUUUUGGAAAUACCAAUCCUUGUCAUGAUUUGUUUUCUUUGCAAGGGAAUGGAAUGGGCUCAAGUCACCCGAAAAGACUCUUCUCAACGGGAGUUCCUCCUUUUGCUCCUCCUUAUCCAACGUCCACAAAUCUUUGUCAUGAUUUGUUUUCUUUGCAAGGGAAUGGAAUGGGCUCAAGUCACCCGAAAAGACUCUUCUCAACGGGAGUUCCUCCUUUUGCUCCUCCUUAUCCAACGUCCACAAAUCUUUGUCAUGAUUUGUUUUCUUUGAAAGAGAAUGGAAUGGGCUCAUCAAGUCACUCAAGACUUCUCCCCUCAAUGGAAACGAACAAAUUCAAGGUGCCUCCUAAUCCAACGUCCACAAAUCUUUGUAAUAAUUUGUUUCCUUUACAAGAGAAUGGUUUAGCUGUUCAAUCAAAAAGUCUCAUCUCAAAGGGGAAAGCCAAAGUCAUGGUGCCUGAAGAUGAAGAUGAUGAUGAUGAUGAUGAGGAUGAGGAUGAUGAUGAUGAUGCUGAUGAUGUUAAGGAUACCGAGCUAAGGUGGCUGACCAAGAAAAAAAGAUCAAGACCAGCCUAGUCUUAAUUUAUUCAUGUCCCUUUGAGUUUUUCAGUUUGCUAUCCAUCGAGGCUUAUGUUUCACCUCUUUUGUUUCGUCAUGCAAUUUUUUUUUUCUCUCUUUGUUUCUUCAUUGUC